CGCUAUUCCCCCUCCAACCUCCACUCGGCACUCGACCACUCUCCCCUGCCCUGCCUACCUACUCCUCCACCACCACCGCCGCAGAGCCAUGGACGACAUCGCCGAGCCGACGUCCCCGACGGCCACGUCCUCCUCGUCCUCGUCGUCGUCUUCAUCCUCUGUCGCGGCCAACAAGCGGCCGCGCAAGGACAGCCGGCACCCGACCUACCACGGCGUGCGCAUGCGGAGCUGGGGCAAGUGGGUGUCCGAGAUCAGGGAGCCCCGCAAGAAGUCGCGCAUCUGGCUCGGCACCUUCGCCACCGCCGAGAUGGCCGCGCGCGCGCACGACGUGGCCACGCUCGCCAUCAAGGGCCGCACCGCGCACCUCAACUUCCCGGACCUCGCGCACCUGCUGCCCCGCCCGGCCAGCGCCGCGCCCAAGGACGUCCAGGCGGCCGCCAUACUCGCCGCCUCCGCCGACUUCCCCUGCGGCGCCACCGCCAAUGCCAAGAGCCCCGACAGCGGCUCCGACGCCAGCGCCGCCUCGCCGCCGCCGCCCCCGCCGCCGCCGCACGCCGAGCCGGUCCCGGACCCGGAAGACGCCCUGUUCGACCUCCCCGACCUGCUCCUCGACCUGAGAUACGAGGCGUCGUCGGGCCUCCCGUGCGCGUCGUCAUGGGUCGUCGACGAGGACAUCGUCGGCGCCGGCGUGUUCCGCCUCGAGGAGCCACUCCUGUGGGAGUACUGAUCGUCGUCGCCGCCGCAGCAGAAGCUUCUUCUCGGACGACGGCCGCCGUUCAGUCGCUUCACGCAUGGCUCUCACUACUUCUGGAUUCGGCCGAUCGGAGACAUGGAAAUGCACCUCCUUUCGUUAAUCUACUUACUUACUUACAGUACUAUCUAGGCGGCGUGAGGCGUCGUCGUCGUCUUCCUCCGUCCGGUGCCGCCCUGUUUUUCGUUUCUUCUUUUCCAAGCUCUGUUUCCGGUUCCCUCCCGCUGCGUUUUCUUCACUUUCUCUUUACCAAAAUUAGGAUGCGAGACUGUAUAAAGUUAGCCUCUUUUCCUCCGCUCGCCUUGCUUGAUUUGGGGGACAAGAAUAUGUAUAAUUAACAAGCAUCUUAUCUUACCCUA